UAGGAGAACAUCUGAUGGGAGUUUAAAUAAGGCUGAUAGACAUCACAGUUCAUUUAGGUGUUGGACUGCUCAGAUACUCACCAACUUUUUUAUACUCAGCUUACAGAAAAGUUUCUGCUAGCUGCAGUAUCAGCCUUAUUAUUAGAUAUUAAUUAAUACAAAGGCAGAACUACUGUAUCUUGAAGCAGUAGCCUUACAUCCCUGUUGUAGAAGAUGGCCAAUUCAGGCUUACAGCUCUUAGGAUUUGCCUUGGCUUGUUUAGGAUGGAUUGGGUUUAUAGUGGCAGUAGCUAUUCCCCAAUGGAAGAUGUCCUCUUUUGCCGGAGAUGCCAUCAUCACAGCACAGGUGACCUAUGAAGGCUUGUGGAUGUCCUGUGUCAUGCAGAGUACAGGGCAGAUGCAGUGCAAAUCCUAUGACUCUCUGCUGAAGUUAGGCAGCAAUAUGCAGGCUACUCGGGCAUUGAUGAUUUGUGGAAUUCUGUUGGGCUUCUUUGCAGCUUGCAUUGCUUUAGUGGGAAUGAAAUGCUUAACUUGCCUUCAAGAUGAUGAGGUGAAGAAAGCCAAGGUUGGAAUCGUUGGUGGAAUUCUUUUCAUUAUUGCUGGGCUAUGUGUUCUUAUUGCAACAGCAUGGUAUGGAAACCAAAUUGCCAGAGAUUUCUACAAUGUCUUUACCCCAACCAACUCCAAAUAUGAAUUUGGUCCAGCCUUAUUUAUUGGUUGGGCAGGUGCUGCAAUGGCAAUCUUAGGAGGGGCCUUGCUGUGCUGCUCCUGUCCUAAAAGGGAAACUUCAUACCCACCACCUAGAAGCUACCAAAAAAAUGCACCUUCAGCACCUGCAGGAAAAGACUACGUGUAAUUCAUAUGCUGAGCAAUUGUGAUCACUUCAGUGGGACUUGAAAAUUUUCUUUGCCAUUCCACUUUGAAAAUAACCCACAAAUUACCUAUUUUUCAGUAAACUUAUGAACUGGUUCAAAUGUAUAUUCAUACACAUGCAAGACAGGUAAAAAGCAGCAAGACUGAAAUGUGUAAACCUGAAAAUUACCCAGUUGAAUCUUUUGUUAACAUACAACAUAUUGCAGCAUGCGUAGGCAUUCAAAAGUCUCCUAGUAGUGAUAAAUAAAUAUUAUUGCGAAGACCGCUAAACGGCCAUUAAAAUAC